UCUCUGUGUUAGGUCUUUACAUUUCCACUCAGCUAACUCGGUUCUCUUUCCCCAUGAAAGUUGCUGACCCCACACCCUUCCAUACUCAAGCAGAGGUGACAAUGAAAACCAACUUCUUUGGUACCCAAGAUGUCUGCAAGGAACUACUCCCUCUGAUAAAACCCCAAGGCAGAGUGGUGAAUGUGUCCAGCAUGCUGAGUCUCAGGGCCCUGAAAAACUGCAGCCCAGAGCUGCAGCAGAAGUUUCGAAGUGAGACCAUCACUGAGGAGGAGCUGGUGGGGCUCAUGAAGAAGUUUGUGGAGGACACAAAGAAAGGAGUACAUGCGAAAGAAGGUUGGCCUAAUAGUGCAUAUGGAGUCACCAAGAUUGGGGUGACAGUCCUGUCCAGAAUCCAUGCCAGGAAACUCAAUGAGGAGAGGAAAGAGGACAAGAUCCUCCUGAAUGCUUGCUGCCCUGGAUGGGUCAGAACCGACAUGGCAGGACCAAAAGCCACUAAAAGCCCCGAAGAAGGAGCAGAGACCCCCGUGUACUUGGCUCUUUUGCCUCCAGAUGCAGAGGGGCCUCAUGGGCAGUUUGUUCAAGAUAAGAAAGUUGAACAAUGGUGAACCCAACUCUCACCUCUUAACCCAUUGUAUUCUGCCUUGGUGAAGGGCAAGGACAUUUAUAAUACAGUAACACUCCUGAAAAAUAAACGUAACUAAUUUCUCACACACAUA